AUGCUCAGCCGGUUGGGAGCGCUGCUGCAGCAGGCGGUGGAGACGCGGGAGCCCAGCGUGGACCUGCUGGAAGCCUUCACCGAGCACUGGACGGGCAUCACCGGCUACUACCUGGAGGCCACAGACGAGAGCGUUCCGGCGCGACAGACGGACAUCCCGUGGCGCCUGCGGCAGAUGUUGGACAUCCUGGUGCACGAGGAGCGGCAGCGCCCGCCGGGGGACACGGGGCCGUGCCUCGAGUUCCUGCUCCAGCACAAACUCCUGGAAACCCUGGGAACGCUGGGAAAGGCAGAGUAUCCCCCCGGGAUGAGGCAGCAGGUCCUGCUCUUCUUCAGCCGCCUGCUGGGGCAGCUGCAGCACCCGCUCCUGCACUACCUCAACGUGCACCGGCCCGUGCAGAAGCUGCUCCAGCUCAGCGGGGACCGCCUGGGCUCUGGCACGGAGAGGGAGGAGGUGCAGUUCACGGCCGUGCUCUGCUCCAAGAUCCAGCAGGACCCCAGCCUGCUGCCCUACAUCCUGCAGGGAAAGAGCGUCCUGAACGGGAGGAGAGCCCCGGAGAGCCCCAGGACAGAGGGCACUGCUGCAAUUUCUACCCCCAGGGACGAGCAUUUGGAGCAUCCCCCGGGCACCUCUGCCAGCUCCAUCUGCCCUCCAGCCCAGCCCUCCCCGCCACGCAGGGACAGCAACCUCGUCACCUGCCUGGUGGCACUGUGCAGGAGCAAGAAGAGCCGGGUGGCGCUGAAGGCUCGGGAGAAUGUGCUGCUGCUGGCGGGGCUGGCCCAGGAGGCGGCUGCCACCUGCCUGGCGCGGGGCACUGCCCUGUGCCCGCUGCUCGUGGGGCACCUCUGCGACCUCUACAGCGCCGUGCCCGUUGGCACCGACCCUGCUGAUGUCCUCAGCAUGGACAGGGCCAGCUGGAGGUCGCAGGGGGAUAGCGCUGGGGACGGCGGUUUCCCGGGCAAGGAGAGCCUGGCUGAGUUCCUGGGCUGGCUGGAUUUCCUGGAUGAGCUGGUGAUGGGCGCCCACCCGCUCGUGGCCGGUGGCAUCAGCGAGGCCGUGGAGGAGAAAUUCUUCCAGGGCAUCCUGCAGCCCCAGCUCCUGCAGAUGUCGGAGCUGGCCGUGCUGGGCGCCACGGCCGUGCUGACGGGCACAGUGAGGCAGCUCCGCUCUCCCAGCCUGCUCCACCGCCUCGUGCUCUUCCUGCUGGGGCCCCACCGGCACCCCGAGACCCCCGGGGACGCCCCCCACCCCCUGCGGGCGCAGCUCAUCGAGCGCUGUGACCACCUGAGCGACGAGAUCAGCCUGGCCAGCCUGCGGCUCUUCGAGGAGCUGCUGAGGAAGCCCCACGAGCACGUGGCUCACAACCUGGUGCUGAGGAACCUGGAGGCCAGGGCGUACCUGCAGCGCGGCCCCGAGGAGCGCGGGCCCCCCGAGACGGACCCCGAGGAGGACGGGCUGGACCUGGAGGAGGAUCCCUAUUUCACCGAUGGAUUCCCAGACAGCUUUGGGGUGACAAAAAAUCCUUCCCCAGCAUCAGCCCCGUCGGGGAAGGGGCGAGUGAGCGAGGUGGUGAGCAGCUUCCUGUGCCUGGUCCCCGAGGAGGCCAAGACCUCGUCGUGCAUGGAGGAGGGCGGAUACGACACCUACGUGCACGAUGCCCUGGCCAUGGUCCAGGCGUGCCGUGCCAGCGCUGCCCCGUGGGGGUGGCCCUCAUCCCCUCGGCCCCUGGACUCCUGUCACUGCUGUCACCCUGGAGUGGCUUUUUACGAGGGACACUUCCUCAAGGUGCUGUUUGACCGGAUGAGCAGGAUCCUGGAUCAGCCCUACAGCCUGAACCUGCAGGUGACCUCGGUGCUGUCCCAGCUGGCCGCCUUCCCCCACCCUCACCUGCACGAGUACCUGCUGGACCCCUACCUCAGCCUGGCCCCCGGCUGCCGCUCGCUCUUCUCCGUCCUCGUCAGGGUGAUCGGGGAGCUGAUGCAGCGGCUCCAGCGCGUGCCCCACGCCAGGGCCAAGCUGCUCCUGGUGCGCCGGCAGCUCCUGGGGCUGGUGCCAGGAGAGCAGAUGGAUCACACGGUGCUGUUCAAGGGCGUGGUGGUGCUGGAGGAGUUCUGCAAGGAGCUGGCUGCCAUCGCCCUGGUCAAGGGCCCACCCGAGGGGCCACCCUGA